UGUAUGGAAUGUUUUGGUACUUCGGAUUCUGGUACUAGUUAGUCUCUUCUUACAAGUACUGCUAAUUCUUUUUGGCAACAGAAGGAAGUAUGUAGCUGAUAAACGGCUACACUUGAUGACCUGGCUUACCUAUUUGUCAGCGGAUUGGAUUGCUAAUUUCGCGCUGGGAAUGCUUUCCCAAGACAGUAAAAUUCUUGAAAUAGACCCAAACUUCAUAAUCAUGGCCAUAUGGGCACCAUUUCUUCUUGUGCAUCUUGGUGGUCCAGACACAAUCACUGCCUACUCUCUUGAGGACAAUGAGCUUUGGCCACGACAUAUGCUUGGGCUACUCUACCAACUUGCAUUUGCAGUUUAUGUCGUUUACCGAUCAUGGAACGGAAGCCCACUUAAUUAUGUCGCUGUUCUAAUUAUUGUGGCUGGAAUAAUCAAAUAUGGUGAAAGGAGUUGGUCUCUGUGGUCCGGAAGUAGCAUAGGAUUCAGAGAAUCAAUUCUCCCUCUUCCAGAUCCAGGACCAAAUUAUGCUAAAUUCAUGGAUGAUUACACUGCUAAAAAAGAUGAAGGAUAUCAUGUUACCUUAGAUGAAAUCAAUGAAACUACUACUCCCUCAGUAUUUGAUCAUAAUUCUCAAGAGGAAACAAGAAUACCAAAUCCAAAUAUUCCAGAUGCUCGAGCUUUACAUGAUGGAUUCAAAUUCUACAAAAUUCCCGAGUGCCUGUUUGCGGAUCUCAUCCUUAGCUUUCAAGACCACAAAAGCAGCCAAAUUUUCUUUCAGAACAUAGAUGGGAAACAUGCUUUUCAGGUGAUUGCAGUUGAGCUAGGAUUGAUGUAUGACAUGCAUUAUACAAAGGCGGUAAUAACAUACUCCAAAUGUGGCAUCUUCCUCAAAUCUGUGAGCUUUUUCUGUACACUCUCUGCAAUGAUUAGCUUUUCUUGCCUGAAAGAUAAAAACUCACAUCAUCUGCAUAUGAAAGGCUCCAAACCUACAAAUUAUAAGUACAUAAAUUAUGACCAUAUUAUCACCUUUUUGCUUUUUACUGGGGCUAUUUUUUUGGAAAUAUACGCGGUCAUUGUUUUACUUUCUUCAAGCCGGGCAAUGUUUUGGUUCAGCAAUCAUAAUAAUAGGAGCGCUAAUCUUCUCCACAAAACAAUCUCAUGGUUUCAAAGUUUUCUUAAACUCUCACACACUGCCACAUGGUCUAAUCUUAUGCCACAAUUCAAUCUUAUUAGAUUUUGCUUAAAAGAUGAGCCCGUCAAAUGUAUCAAUCUCCAGAAAUUCCUUUGCAUCUAUAAAUUCUUCGAGAAGUCUUACUAUCGAAAAACACAAGAAGUCCGUCCUGAAUUGAAAAAACUCAUUUUUGACCAACUUAUGGAAAAGUCACGUGAAGCAACCGAUAUUAGAGCAUGUAAAAAAUUAUGUGCUCAAAAGGGUGAUCGGGUUCUAGACAAAUGGAAUUGUCAUGUUCAUGUCAUUAACCAGAGCAUUAGAGAGGUAGAGUUUGACCAGAGCAUUCUGCUUUGGCAUAUUGCUACAAAUCUUUGUUAUUAUUCAGAUGGUGAGCCUCAAACCUUAAAUCGCGUUGCUCUUCAAAGUCGGGAGAAAAGCCAAAUGUUGUCUGAGUAUAUGUUAUAUCUUCUUGUUAUAUGUCCUUCUUUGUUGCCGAAUGGAAUAGGACAGAUCAGAUUUGAAGACACGUGUGCAGAGAUGGAUGAACUUUUGAAAGAGAGAAAAUAUGUAAAAGAAAGAAGUGAAGUUUGCAAGAUGAUACUUCGAGUGAAUACAGAUAUUCCACCAUCAGAGGUUAAAGGUGAUAGAAGCAAAUCUGUGCUGUUUGAUGCAUGUAGGCUUGCCAAAUCACUACAGUCUUUAGAAACGGAGAAGAACUGGCCCAAAGAAAGGAAAUGGGAAAUGAUAAGUCAUGUUUGGGUGGAGAUGCUGUGUCAUGCAGCAAGCCAAUGCAGAGGGUUUCAUCAUGCUAAGCAGCUUAGCCAGGGUGGUGAGUUACUUACCCAUGUGUGGCUUUUGAUGGCUCAUUUAGGCAUAACAGAGCAAUUUCAGAUUUCUAAAGGUCAUGUAAGGGUCAAAUUGAAGCUCUCAUAAUAUGUUUGGGUUGCAAAUGACAGAUCAUAGAGUGUGCUCAACUAAUGUAAUGAUGUAAUAUUGAGAUUUGGUUAGUAUUUUGUUCCAUAUGUACAACAUGGUUAUGUAUGAUACCUUAUUAUAGCUUAAUAUGUCUUUAAUGAACUGAUUGAUUUAAGCUCUGGAUCAUGAACGAAU